CUGGAGUAAUAACCUAGAGUUAUACCUUAAUUUUCCUCAAAGUUAUUUUAACAGAUUUAUCAAAGUAAGAGUUUUGGUGAGUACCUAUUUAAGAACUAUUGAAAUGUCUGGUUGACACUACAGUUCCCCUAAUGCAUAUAAGCAAGGAGUGUUUGUUUACAUUUUGUCCCUCAUGAAGAUCACUUCAUUCCAGAAAAGUCUCAUACUGUUUGCCACACAGAUCCUACCAUACCCCCAGAGACAUUUUUUAAAAAACAUUUGUUUUUGUGUGUGAACGUAUGCUGCAUGUGUGCAGAUCGAUCUCCUGGAGGCCAAAGAAGGUCUUGGAUCGCAUAGAACAACAGCCUGGAUGCUCUCCCAGAAGAUUAUAGGUUGAUUCCCAGCACCAACAUGGUGUCUCAUAACUGUCUGUAACUCCGGUUCCAGCCAUUCUAGUACCCACUCAGGCUUCCAAGGGAGCCAGGCACCAAGCGGUGGACAUACAUAUGUGCAGAUACAAAAACACCCAUAAAGUUUUUUUUUUUUUUUGAAUGCACUAAAGUUAAAUGCAAAGGCAGCACUCCUGCUUUCUGCACAUAAUGUGUGAUGAGGUCACCCAGGUUGCUUAACUUUCAGGUGUGUGCACCCCAGGUAGCGGGGCUCUGUACCCAUUGGAGGCUAGGUUUGCCACAGCAGUGAGCUACAUGGCCCACAGCCAAAUGACUGUCAGUUUUUGGAAAGGGAAAAAUCAUGCUGUUGGGGGCAUAUAUCUGCAGAUGAUAUAUUGUCAGAUAUGCUUACUGGUGGGCACUCUGUUUUAACAUUUAUUUCUAACUCUCCUCAAAAGCAGCAUGUGCCUAAGAUUUUGGGAUGUAAAUCCAGUUAAUUGCAGAGUGUCUUGUAAUUAUUAUGCCAGUGCAUGCUGGGUUGCAGAAGUGAUUACAGCCUGACACAGGACAGUGCUGAUGUAGGCUCUCAACUUGCAGUGAAGGGAAGGACAGCUGAGUAAAUGGCACCACGAAAGCAGCAGAGAGCAGGGAGUGGCCAAAGAAGUGGAGGUUCUCCUGUGGCAAUGGAACCAAAGUGAGGGCCCUGGGGCUGGUGUGCUGGGUUAGCUUGGCAGCAGUGAGACCAGCAGGGACUAACCAAAGGGGUAUCUGUCACGUCACUGAGUUCCCUAGUGUCUUGUGGGUUUCAGUGUAUUCCCACCUCCACUCUACAUAGUUUAGAUUUCUUUUAAAAGUGAGUUAGAAUAGAAUUUUCAAAACUUAGCAAAAGUAUUGUAUCCUAAAUAUUAAUUACAUUUCUAAAGAGUUCCGAUAGUUUUAAAUUGCUCUAAGACUUUCACAUUAUAUUACUGUGGUAACGGCCCAGAUAAUAAUGUGCCCCAGGCUUUUUGGUCUUGUGGUCUCAAGUUUCUAAAACUUUCAAAGGCUGUGAAAGCUGCAAAGCACAUAGUAGGACUUCGGUACACUCCAUCUAGGCAAACCAUGUAACCAUUCCAGGUUGAAAGGAAUAGAUGCCUUGGAGGAAUGUCUGGUCAAUCUCUGCAGAGUGCUUUGUGCAGGUGUAAGUGCCCACUGGAACUCCAGCCACGAUGCCACAGUGUCUAAGUAGUCUACAAUCUCAGUGGCAGUUUGUCUGAACUAUUAUUCUGGGUAGAUAAUUGUUUGCCCAGAGAACGGAGGUCUGUAUUUCCCAGUAUUGCUGAGGAAAGGAUGCCUUUGUGAUUGCUACUUACUUGUGUUUGGCUGGCCUUUCUUAUUCUCUGUAUCUUGCAGGACCAGCUGUAUAACAGGUAAAUUUUCAUAUGGCCUUGCCACAGGUGGUGCGGGGUUUGUUUGUUUGUUUUGUGUUGUUUUUUGUAAUUGCCCUGGGGUUCUUGGUCCCUGUGAUGGAUUACUAGAACAUAUGUAAACAAACAAACAAGGCAUUGUUGUGCUUACCUGUAAUCCAGAACUAGGAAGGCAGGUCCUCAAAAAGAGCAUCUGAGAACCAAGGCAGUAAGGUGCAAAAAAAUACUUGAGCACAACUUCCUGACUCUAUAAAUAACUGUUCAGAGUACUAGCAGUGACCUCAGUAGCAUAUGAAGAGGGAGAGGGAGGAUAUGAGCAGCUGUGUAAAGUAUUUGGACUCCAGGGAAGUUGACACUGGACAUUGGGUAACAUAGUGGCUCACCCAUCUGCAACUCCAGUCCCAGGUGCCUCCACAGACACCAGGCACCUACGUGUACAUACACGGACAAGAUACCCGUACAUACUUUUAAAACAAUGUAAUAUUUCUUAAAACUGUGUGAAAGUAUAAGGGCCACAUGAGGAGUGGGGGUGGGGCUACCCCAGAUCCUAAUGGCCAUGUGUUUGGACAGUCUUCCCUCCCUGGACUUUGUGAUCCCUCUGGACUUUUUAGCAUCAGAAAGAAAUUAUACUGAAGUUUCAGUUCUCAGGCAUUGAUGUGGAAACUCAGAAAGCAGUGAUGUCACCUGCCUGAUGCCACAUCUCAGUCCUGCUGGUCUCAGGAGCUAUCUCCCAGAAAGUGGACGACUGGGUCGUGACUAAUGCUUACACACUGUCUUAAUAUUUGUGGAGUGAGGUUGUAUCAGAUGACUGAUAUCCCAAGAACAUGCCAGCCAGCGGGUGGAGUGCGAGUUAUGAAACCAGCAUUUCACCAGAUCGUAUCCCUCACGACUUUAUCAUCUGAAAUGAUAUCACGUGGAAAUAGAGCUCACCAAACAUGCAGAAGUCUGAUUCCUACAGCUAGGCAACAACCUUAGAAGUACAAAGUGCCAGACUGUUCUCUUUGUAUAGUUUGUGAUUAUAGGAAAAAUUGCUAAAUGAAGAUUAGAGGUGAAGAACUUUGGUCACUUCACUAAGGGGACAGUGUAAUGCAAAUCUUACAAACAAAAGUUAAGAACUUUUUAAAAGAGAAUGUCUGUUUGUUUUCAAACUUAAAAACACUAAGUGUACUUUGUAUUUUUCUUUAAAAAUCAAGUUGGUGUCAUAGAAUCUAGGAGAGCCAACAAAAACUACUCUGAAUGCAAGCCAGAGCCCAGUGGCCCUGUGCAACAGCGUGAGUGGUUCUGCACGGAAGCACUCCACCCCGCUGUACUCCACCCUCUUCAGGAACCCUGGCCCUGAACGCCAUGUUGGAGGGGCUCAGCUCUCAGCAGAGGCAUCGAGGUGAACGAGAUCUACAGCCUCAGGUCCUCUCCAGGUGGAAGCUCUUAAAUCUCUCUGUAAUUGGGGGGGGGGGGUCACAGAUCUGCCUAAUGUACCAGCUGUAGAAAUGGAGAGUUGGUGGCUGGACCUGGUCCCUCCUUUUUCCUAGAAUCAGAGGAAAAGGAAAGGAAGCCUCCCCACGGGGAAAUGGGAACUGGAUACACACACACACAUACACUUGCACAUACACACACAUACAUGUACACACACCCAUAAAAUAGCAAGUAAAAGCAUAGGCUCUGGAACCAAACUGCCUGGAUUCUAAUCUGGCUUUCAUUUCUGACCUUGGGCAAGAAAUCUAAACUUUGGUCCUCAAUUUCUUCAUCUGUAAAAUUUGACUUGACACUAAGGGUUAAAUUGGGGAUUCUGAGAUAAUUCCCCAAAUCCAGGGGUUUAGGUCCUAGCAUGUACAGUUGAGUGCUCAAAGAUGGUGAUGGUUCAUUUUACUGUUCUCCCACAGAGACCUUGUUCUGAUGCCAGUCUGUACAGCCUCACCCCAAGCCCCUCAGGAACCCUGGCUACUGCUCCUGAGGGGACCCGUCCCAUCCCUCCAACCUUAAUUGUGGCCUAUGCCAGCCCAAAAUAGGAACACUCAGUCCCUGCCACCUUAGGAUUGUAAGCACUGAAUUGUGGGUAAUUUCCACCAGUCUCAUUGCUAGAACAGGAAUCAGUGAAACAAGCUUGACAGGCUGGGGCUUAAAUGAGAUAGAUGGUGGGAUACAAGGCUCAACCCCAGUUAGAGCACACUCGAUUUCUCCCAGAAGAGGAGCUAGACAAUACAUUAUCCCCAGUGUCCUCCCUUGUAGAAUUGCAAGUGUCCAAGGCUCUUAAGAGGGUGCGUCUCAUUCACCGUGGCUCCAUCUUCAUGUUUAGUCACACUCUAAGAGCGUUGUGUCACUGGGGUUAGUGCAUGAGUUCUGAGGGGAUACAACUGUAGGCAGAGCAGUUUGAAAAGUAGGGCCAGCUGCUUCACCCGAGUGAGGAGUACGUUGGCUUCCUCCUUGGGGAGGUCGCAGCAGGUUUGUGUAGAUGCCUGUUCUCCCUCUCCCAAGGUCUGAUGCCAACUUUGUCUGUGUUCUGGGUUCCAGACGCGAUGGAAUAGCAUCUCUGAAACCCUUUUUAUAUUGUCGGGGUCGCCUAGGGUAGAAUGUGACGUUUGGAGUGUUUACUUCCGAGAUGGAGACCUCGUCCCUGUGCCCAGCUGCUGACAGCCUUUGAGAUACAGUUACUCUACCGCCUUGGAACCUGAUGUCAGGAGACUUGCCAGCCCUUGGCAGGCGUGUGCAUGUGUGAGAAGUGAGCUUUGUGUUUGUGACCUCGCUGUGGCCUUGCCUACCUGGCCUAGAAAAACUUCAAAAAGCAGGAGAGGGUGGAGAGAAGAAAAAACAAAAAGAUGGUGCAGAGAAAGCACAAGGAGCACACAUGAUCUCCAUUUACCGUAGGAACACAGGGCUGUGGAGGUCGUGACUCUUUCAUGCUGUGUCCUCAGGACAUUGUCUAGGGAGGGCAGGCACAGUUCCAGCGAGGAUCAGUUGGCUCAGGCCCUGUGCACACCUGGGCAAGGAUGCCUGAGGCUCCGUCCAUGCCUCUCUUUGUCUCCCUCUGCAGCCCUGGCUAGCGUGGAACUUUUCUUGCUAAAGGAACCCCAAUGUUAUCUGGCAGUAGCCAAAAGAUGCCACUUCCCAGCCUGUUUUCAAAGCUAAAGCUGCUUAGGACUAGUGGAGUCCUCUAGGUAGAAGGCUGUGGCCCAGCUGCAGGAGGCCAGGGCUGCGAACCACUGCAUUCUGCUGUGGCCGUGCUUGACAGUGUGGCCCUUACCAAGUAGGGUGCUUCCCUCAGAGUCAUCUGGCAACUGCUUCGAGGAACGUGGAGGCCAGCCUGUAAGUGGCCAGUAAAAUGCUCAGCUCGUAGGAAUGCCAUGGCAGCACCUGGCCCACCAUAACCGUCCACAGGGACAGGUGUAGUUGUGGCUCAUUAGCCGGGGUUAUGAGGCACCUUCAAGAUUCCUGAAGUUGGUCAGAAGACAGUGUCUCCGUCCUGUGGAGCAGCCUUUCUUGCUUCUGGCAGAAGAGAAUGACACGGUGGUUUUGUGUCUGAUUUAUUUUCAUCUUAAGGUAAAAUUUAUAAUUUGUGUCAGCAAAAAGCAUGAAAUCUCUAGCUACAGUAACCGGCCACUAUUGAAUAAACAGCAAACAACAUUGCUGUGAAGGUCAAACUUUAUAAGCCCCUGUCUUCCUCCUGCUGUAGUCAGACAAGUUCCUAGAAAAGCUCUCAAAUACUAAUAACCUCAAGAAAGAGAAGGCUCGGAGGCCACCAUCGGACACACUGCCUCCGCUUGAUUACCAAAUAUCUGAGUUAAAGGUACUGUCUCUUAACAAACUGCAGGGGGCUGGGCUGGCCAGUGAGUGUCAGGAAGCCGGUCACGUGGUGACACGGUCAGGAGGUUAAUCUCUUAUGUACUAAGUCACAUACUUCACUCAAGUGAAAGGUUACUACGUCAUGAGCCGCUAGCUGACCAAUCCAUACAACUAGACCCUUACAUGUAAUGCCUUCCUGUACUCUUCUAAUUCCAGUUGAUCUUUCGUUUUCAUUUGAAAUUCCAAUUUUAAGCUAAAAAUGUCAGUCUUCAGCUGUCUGUAGAUUUUCAUGAUAAACUCCCCCUCCACGUCUUGAGUUUAAAAGUUAAGGUUUAGAAGCAUGUUCAAUUAACUUAAUUUCUGAAGGGUCUCAAGUUCGCUAAAAGGCUUUUCCAAAUAAAAGUGACUUUCAGGCUGGCCAUGGGGACACACACCUUUAAUCCCAGCACUUGGCUCUCUGAGUUCCAUGCUGGCCUAGUCUACAUAGUUCCAGGUCAUCCAGAGCUGCAUAGUGACACCCUGUCUCAGACAAAGAGGGGAAGGGAGGGGAAUGGAAAGUGCCUCUCGCAUCAAUUGUCGAUAACUCCUCAGGUAAGGCAGAGCCUUUGGAGCUGCCCCAUGAUCCGUAUUAGAAUGCUAACUGGUUUAGAUGAGUACAGGUAACCACUGCUGCAGAGAAUAUAGGUGUGCAGCGGCCACGUCCUAUCUAGAGGACAGCAUUUCACGGUACCUCUCCUAUCCUCCGUGUUUGCUAUUUUGAGUCAGAGCAGAGUCUUUUUUUCCCUGGCUGGCCUGGAAUAUAUAUAGCCCAGGGUCUCCAAACCAAGAAAAUCCUACUUUAGUUUCCAAAUAUAUGUACUACUGUGAUCCACUUUCGGAAUGUUUCCAAAUUAGCUUCAUAUUACACAACUCUGCAGUUUGUGAAUAACCUGGUAAGUAGAGAGAUGGGCAACCUGAUUGAAGGAAACUGUCCGUCUUGCUGUUUGCUACGUCAGAAUGAUGACAGUUGUCUCCAACGCCAGUGCCUCUGCCUAUAGGCACUCAGACGUUUCCCUCCAAUAUCUCUGCCUGCAGGGAACACAUAAAACUCAAGUGGUUUUUUUCAGCCCGUGUCAAAUUUUCUUGUCUGGGUGUCAACCUCACCUUCAUUUCUGCUGUAUUCUUUUUUGUAGCCCUGGCUGUUCUGGAAUUCACUCUAGAUCAGUCUGGCCUCAGACUCCGAGAACCACCUGCCUCUGCCUCUCGGGUGCUCCUGGGAUUCAAGGUGUGAGCCACCACCUUCCCUGACUGCUGUCCUCGAGACAUUUUCCUCCUAUACUCUCAGUUGUACAUCUCAAAGCCUCUUCUGUUACUGCUCAUCUGCUACACCGAGUCUCCCAGGUUGCCAUGGUGGCCACAGCUCUCAACACUGACCUGUUCCUCCACUGUCACACAGCCAUCCAGCUCUAGACCCAUCUUAGUCACAGGGUUGGGACUGUGACAGUGGCCUCCCAUUUCCAUGUCAGUUUCCCAGGCACUUCACACCACUAAUGCAUGUAGUGUUGAGGACCAACCUGUGCAACAGGUAGCCAUGGGAAACCCAGCUCAGAUUUAGAAAUCGGUGUGAUGUCAUAGACCUGGCAUUUAGCUCAGAUAACCCAACCAAACCUUUUAAGUAACUUAAGUAUGUAAGUUUUUAACUGAGGUGGUUUUUUUUCUAGGAGGGAUGUGUAUUUUUUUUUUAAGUACUUCUUAGGCAGGAAGCUAGGUCCCAGGGUUAAGAAGUUCCCACACUCUUGAUCCCAGCACUCAGAAGGCAAAGGCAAGUGGAUCUCUGAGUUUAAGGAAAGCCUGGUCUACAGAGGGAGUUCAAGGACAGCCAAAGCUACACAGAGAAACUGUCUUGAAAAACAAACAAGGUCACAGAUCUGCACUCUGCCAUGGAAGCUUGGGGAUGUUACCUUGUAGAUAACUUCAGGCAACAGUUGCAGGCUGCAGCCUCUGUGUGAACAGAGGAUUCUGGACAAGCUGUGGGGCCCAGAGGGAAGGUCUUGGUGGCUGCUUGCUCAGGCACUGAUCUGCCACAUUGCUGACAGAGUUUGUAAAUGAAUGUUUGGUCACCAGCAUUUUAAACCAUUAGUUAUCCAUGCGAGUCUAUAGAGAAACAGAAAUAGACCCAAUCACAGCACUGGUUCCAGUAUCAAUUGUGAGAACAUCCUUUGUAGGUCUAAUAUGUAGGCCUUGCCUUCAGUUAACCAAGGUUUGAAUUUUCAGCCUUUGGGACACGUGAGUAAUAUGAUUCUCAGGGUCAGAGGCAAAAGGCCACACGAACAGGGAGGGGUGUCACCAUUCCUGAGAUGUCUUCCUUGUGUGGCACCCUGGGCUCUGGGCUCCUCACCAGGCAGGCAGUGUCUCAGGAUCUGCUGAGUACAACCCUGCCAGACUCAUCAUGGGAACUGUACUGUGAGCCUGCCUAGCCAGCAUCCCUGAGACCUACCCCACCUUGAGUGGGCACACUGUGCCAUUCCUUAGGGGAUUUUCUAGCCUGUAACUCCUGGGCCUCUUACUAGACACCAUCAUCCAAUUAUAUCCAUCGGGAAUUCUCUUCUUUUUUAAACUUGACUUUCAUAUGAUUAGUGGGUUAAAUGUACAUUCAAAAGCUUCAAGAUAAAAAAGACACAAUAGAGCUGGACUUGGUGGCACCACACGUUAACUGUGAGAGGCAAAGGCAGGCAGAUCUGUAUGUCUUCAAAGUGAGACUGGUCUAAGACAGCCAAGGCUAAGUACAGAGAGCCUGUCUUUAAGAAAAAAAAAUGACAAGGGAAAUAAAGGAAGAAAUCCCGUCCUAUCUCAACACAGUUCUUUAGUUCUUCCAGGAGGUUACUGGAAGAAGUAGAUUUAAGAAAUAAAAACAAAAAACAAAAAACAAACAAACAUUUACUGCUUUCUUAGAAAAAAAUCAUAAGCAAGGCUUAUGAUUCAAGAGAUGGUUCAAAGGGUAAUAUGCUUGCUAUGUAUUAUGAUGACCUUUACACACGCGCACACACACACACACACACACACACACACACACACACACACACGAAAGUUGUGAACAGCAGCACAUUUGCACUACAGGUGCAGAGACAGAUCCCUGGAGUUUGCUGAACAGUCAGUCCAGCUGGAAUGGUGAACACUAGGUUCAAUGAGAGACUCUGUUUAAAACUAAGGUGGAGAGGAAUAGAGGAAGACUGUCAAUCUCUGACAUCUACAUGCUCACACAGGCAAAUGGGAAGACUGUCAAUCUCUGACAUCUACAUGCUCACACAGGCAAAUGCACCACACGCACACACACUCCUACAGAUUCCAUUAUUAGAAUCUACACAGAAGUACAAACUGAAAAGCUCACCAGGGUCUGGAGGGGUCAGGUAGCAUUUGCUUAGGAGUGUAAGGCUUGGUUCCUAGUAUCUCGGAAGGAAUGACAGAGCAGGCAAGGGGGCAGGGCUCCCUAGGCUUCCUGCAGUGCGCACUUUACUGAAAACAAAACCAGAGGUAUGACCUCAAUAGUGAUUAUUCAUUGUCUUGUGGUUAUAUUUCCCCUUGGCACCUUCCUGAAGUGAUUUAAUAAACAUGUCAUCUUCAGUAGAUUGGUGACUCCUUUAACCAAUGUCAGGCAUCUGGGAUUUCUAGAUUGGUUUUACUAAAAAGAAACACUGUGAUGGAUCCAGAUAUUGCAUUGAAAUACAUUUCUAAGAAAUAUACUAGGUUACAAAAUAUGGCCACCUUUUAAGACCCAGGACAUCUAUCUCCAUGCUCUCCAGUUAACCGACUUUGCCUACUGGCAGGGUAAGGCCUCCACAGCCUGUGCUGACUUCCUCAGUGGGCCAAGUAGCUCUAGUUUGCACACAUCUCUACAACAGCUCAGAUCAGCUAUACACUUUAGCCCCGCCUCUGAAUCUAGACUCAUGCGAAGACCUUACGUGGAUGAUUGCUCUGUUUAUUGAGCCACACAGGCUAACCUGGGCCCAUCCCAGUCCACGGUGAGUAAGCUGAACAAGGGACAGGCACCACCCUUCCCAGAGCAGGAACUCAACUGGGACACAGGCCACCAGCACACCCCAGGAGGCUGCAGUAGCUGGAGAAGGGCACAGAGUGGGGAGCCAGCAGGUAAGGACAGUCUGUAUUGGCUGGGAUAAAGGAACUGAACAAGACCUGCUCACAACCAAUCUCUUUUCCUCCUUUGUCCUGUCUUCUAGGACUUCUAGGUAGCCUUUUAAUUUGCUUCACUCUUGGAAUGACAUGAGAACAAAGCUUUUCCUUUUCUGAUCCCAGGCAGGGUUUGAAGGAUGUAUGAUUUUCUGUACUGUUCUAUCUCCUACCCUUGCCUUUAAUCUAUCCUACAUUCAUUGGCCAGAAGGCCCUGAAGGCUAUGGCUCUCUGAUGCUCAGACUUCCCUAGUUUCUCUCACUCAAGAAGGGCCAAAAUUCUCACCAAGACCUAUGAGCCCUCCAGGAUCUGAGCCUCUCCUGUCUUCUCUGGUUUCCUCCUUCAAAGUCCUCUGAACACUGAGGGCAUGCUCACCCCAGAGUCUGUGCAGUGGACCUAUCUCCCUGGAAUGUUCUUGCCCACCCAGUUCUUUAAGCUUUUACUGAAAUGUCUCUCUCCUCCACAGCAAGGCUCCCCUAAUCCUACUGCCCCCUCAACUCUCCAUCCCACUUCAUCUCUUUCCACCACUGACACAGCCCACAAAACCUUGGGGCUUUUUAAUCCAGCUCUUCACUACAAAGUCCCUACAUCAAAGAGUGAUUAAUUUUGUUCACUUCUUACCAUGGCCAUCCAAAACAGUACCUGGACUUAGGAGGUGGUCAGAAGUGGGUGAGCAGACAGCUAUGGAGUUGCCUAUUUAUGCUAGGCACUGUGCUAAAUGGUCUCCAUGUAUAACUCAUUUAAAUGGCCGUCUCAUGCCUGGAUAACUCUGUGCUGAAAGGAAAUGUUAUUUUACUGUCGUUACAAAAUAAAUGUCAUAGAACCUAGCCCAUUCUCACAGUCAGAGGCAGACAGUAGGUUGAGCUGCUCUAAAGCCCUGGCUUCUGCUCUGUCUCCCCUGGACCUUCAUUGGGAGAACAGAAUCUCCUGAGUCCUGUUCCCUCUGGUACAGUACAGCCCUGGAAGGAGGAGGUACUUGCUUGUGGCUUAGCAACAGCCUCCUCCUCGCCUAUUCACCAGAUCCCUGGGCUAAUUUGGCCUUACAGAAGCUAUUACCCCAUCACAUUAACCCACGCUUCUGUUUUCUGAAGGAUAGAUGAGUUGUCCACAGGAACAAGUGGGAGUCCCAGAGCUCCAGCAGUUUGGAACAAAGUGUUCUCAUUCUUUAAGUUCAAAGAUGGGGGCUAAUGGGCCCCUUUCCAGCCCUGUUGAUUCCCCAGGGCCUGACUGCUAACAAUACUGAGAAAUGUAGAACGCUCUGGGAUGGAAAUCGAAAGAUAUUUUGGGAAGGGAAGUUGCUGGGAGCAAGGACUGGAUGGGUUCCCUUAAGAGAAGUCAACUACUUGCAGGAACUGAGCAAACUCUUUCGUUGUCACUCUAUUUGUACUCCAUUAGGGCUGAAGUUUCCCUUCCUACACUUAGUUUUUCGUUAAGAGACUUUCUACAGGUGGUAAUUGGAAGAAUGUUUAUCUAGGUGUCAGGUGACAUAUCUGGGGAGAUGUGUACAAACAUCUAUUCACCUCAGACAACCAAUGACAGACCAACCAAGACAGUGGUUCUCAACCUUCCUAAUGCUGUGACUUUUACUACAGUUCCUCGUGUUGUAGUGAUGACCCCCCAACCAUAAUUUUUUUUGUUGCUACUUCAUAACUUUAAAUUUGCUACUGUUGUGAAUCAUAAUGUAAAUAUAUGCUUUCUGAUGGUCUUAGGUGACCCCUAUGAAAGGGUCAUUCAACCCAAAAGGGGUUGAAACCCACUUGAGAACUGCUGAACCAAAAUAAAAUAGUCCAUGUCAGCUGUGUGACUCAAGCAGUUCACCUAGCAUCGGUGAUGACUGCGAAAAGCUCUCCAGAAGAACCUUCUCUGCCCUCACAAUUGUUCACUGCUUACAUAACCCUGGGGAGGGCUCUGUGAACCAGCUUUCUGAGCUCCUCAGAGUCUUCUAUGCUCCCUUAGGUUCCUGAGUCUCAAGCCUCCCACUCCCUUCUAGGAGAGAAUGUUGUUUCAAUUCCGAGGAAAUAGCUACUACCUACCUACACACUAGGUUUUCAGGCUUCUCUUCCUUAUGUCGUUUUUUUUUUUUUGUUUUUUUUUUUUUUUUUUUUUUUUCUCCUGUUACUUUAUGGAGAGACAGGGCGAUUCACACCAGCUAGUGAGGAUGACAGGGAAAGCAAUGGUGGAAUUGCAAUCUAGGAAAUGCAAAAGGCCUGGCUCACAGUAGGUACUUCCUAAAUCUGUGUGGAAUGAAUAAUGACUAGUCAUUACAAAGAUCCUUGGGGGUUGUGUGGGUGUAGGAUUUAGGGGCAGGCUUAGAACUGAACAAUUCACCACAUGAACUGCGGGUGGCAUUUAAGGCAGAGGGAACAGCAGUGCCGAGGCGUGAAGGCAUAGAUUAGCAAGCUGAGUUUUAGAAUCGGCAAGCUAUUUGAAAUGAAGGGAAUGCAGUGAGUAAGUGGGGGUAAGGACAGAGGCACGUCCACCAGGGGUCAGUCAUGAAAUGUUUAAAGUCAUGUUGAAGUCUGAGAUUAAUUCUGAUGUAAGAGCUAGAUAUGAUUUCACCAACAGGUAAAGGCAGGGUCUGAGGGUAAAUCCCAGAUUUCUGGCUCAGUUCAUACGUGUAUUUGAUGGGGCUGCAGUCAAGAUUUGGGAAAACUUCAAGGUAGUCUCCUGAAGGUAAAAGAUAUCCAAAAAGCUGGUGGGAUUUAUGCCUGUACCUCCCUAUCCAGGGAUAUAACACUACUCUCACUGGCUUAAGCAUUCCAUCCUUCAUGGCCACAGGCGGGUCUUCUCCCUCCUGGAGGUUUCCUUGAUUUUUCAGCUUUUCACCUGCAUCCCAUGGAAUCCAUUGCCUGAGUCCCUCAUAAAGGGCAAUUGGGUCUAAUUUUCCCUAGGAAGUGAUCCCUCAGCCAAGUCCACUUCCUAGGCAGCAGACGCCCAUGGUUCCAGCACUGGUGGUCGGUGCACCCGCAUUUUCAACCAGGGCACGUCAAGUACCAUGCCAGAAUUCUGAGAGCAUGACACCAGAAGCAACACCUAAGGACUUGGAGGCGCUUCUAAAUCAAAGGGAGAGGAUAUCUCCUUUUUGGAACGAGCAGAGCAGUGGGGCGGAGUGUCGACUUUGCUCUCUUCUUCCACCCAUUGCCGCCUCAGUGCCUAGUAAGCCAAAGGGUCUGACGAGCCGAGACCCACAAGGGGCCCUCGGAAGAACCACAGACCCGAAGUUUCUUUAGGCUUGCAUGAGGAGGGAAAACCUGAAGCUGGGCGCAGGGACAGUCUAGAACUCCGGGGGAAGGCUGAGAAGGUGACUCCGCAGCCGUGGGGAAUCCUGGGAACACAAGCCCCACCCCGACAUCCCACGCGCGCCCCGCACGCGCAAAUAGACUUGUUGCACAUGCGUUGUACGCACCACACGCCACUGAGCAGGAUUUCUGCGCAGGCGUUAAAGACCACGAGCGGAGACGCAGCUUCCGGCUAAGUUCUGAGCCUUAGGAUGGGGAGUGUAGGCGGCUUGGGGGUCGUGGAACCGUAUGACACGGGAAUGUAUCGGGGAUGGGUGCUGGACAAUUGGUCUCUCCCGGUUACUCAGUGCAUGAAGAGUGCAGCGUCUGGGCCCACGUGCUCUCGUUUUUUAAAGGAAAGAAACGGGUUGGGAUUCAUCUUGAGUUACUGCCCAGGCAAGGAUGCCUUGUAGUGAAGACAGGGAAGUUUGCAGUAAAAGAAUAUGCACCAUUUCUUAUAAAGACAAUGAUGAAAGUGUUCCAGGAAGUGGGUCUCUGAGCCGGUUUUCUCUCAAAGGGCAGUUGCGAAACGCAUCUGCUCCUUUGCUGUGCUGUUAGAAAAAAAGAAUACAGGUGGCCUCUUAGGUUCAUAUCUGUACAGUGCAUACUGGUGGCAAAGCAUAAUUUGGUAGAUGGUAGCUGCUGAGGGUUACUUCAAGGCUAAAAGUCUCCAGGAGGUUGAACAUUGUAGGGCAGGCCAGGUGAAGGGGUCUUUUCCUGUAUUUGAUCUAAAAGGAGGUUAGAAUCGUAUACUUCCUGCCCAUAGGAAAUUCUUGUCUUAGGAUCCUCAUUUCUGCCCCGAAAGGCUAGCCUCAGACAAGGAACUGCAGCUGUUCCAGCAACCAGACAGACAGGCAACAGAAUCAGCAAAAGGCUGGUUGGGUACGUGAGUUGUGAGAAAGCAAGUGCAAGCCCAUCAAGGAAGGAGUCCUGACCAUGCUACCUAUAUUUUUCAGUACAAAUUAGAAGUGGACCUUUUAUUUUCAGAUUUUUUUUCAUGCGUUCAUGUCAGAUGAGAGGGGCUGAAGUACAUGAGUGGGCGGGUUGAUUGGUUAGUUUAAGAAAGGAGCUCACACACACACACACACACACACACACACACACACAGAGAGAGAGAGAGAGAGAGAGAGAGAGAGAGAGAGAGAGAGAGAGAGAGAGAGAGAGAGAGAUACCUUUCAAGAAUAAACUAGGGGAAAGAGCCUCGAGACCACAGGAGCCAUGAUCAUAACUUGACAGGGGAAAGCAUUAGGAAGAGAUGAUGUCUUCUAUCAGAGACAACAUGAAUGGGGUCUUUAAGGACAGGAGAGGUUUCCCUUUAAAACAUAGAGAGGAACUUCAUUAAAAGAGAGAGUUCCAUCAUAGACAGAACAGGGAAGAGGGGGUCGUGUCAGAAAAAAAUAUUUGAACUUUAUAUCCUUUCAGAGAGUUGCAGGAAGUGCCACAGCACAUGAUUUAAUAGAGGAUAGACUAUGUAACAGAGAACACAGAGGAGUCAGGUUCUGGCUAGGAGCAUAAAUCAGGCUGAAGGGUCUGCUCCCAUAGAGUGAUCAUCUUAAAGGGGCAGGUCUAUGAUCUGACAAUUUCUAUUUAAGGAACUACCCAAGAUUAAGACAUAAGGUGCAUUUAGUCCUCUGGUGUUUGAUUCCACUCCUAAGGAGGGCAUGGUCUUGAAAUACCAGAAUUUUGCUUUACUAGGUGAGAAGUGGAAGGGCCAAAUAUAUUACCUCCGACAUAUUAUUGCAUUCUCCUCUAUGCAUAGCAUUUGAGGAGUUCUGCAGCCAAUGAGAAGGCCCCCUUGGGACUCCCAGUCUAACAAAACAGCUAGACAAGUAGAAUUAACUAGAAGACCCGUGGAUCCGUGGGAGUAAGGACAUGGGGGAGCACUACAGGGCGCACAAAUCAGAUCAGGAGUCCUAUGAGAAAGUCCUCUUACUUUAGACUUGAGAAUUAUCAGGCAUGAACUAGACAAGGAGCAGAGGUUGUGACUCCGACAGUGUGCUAGACAGGGAGAGCAGUACUCCAAGGCUGAGAGACUGGAGUGAGAUUCAUUCCAUUACCUUAAAGCAUCUCCCUGCUGAAAGUAGGGGUUGAGGCAGGACAUGGAAAGAUGUGGAGCUGGGGGGCAAGGUCAAAACUGCAAACAAAAGAAAAAGCAGGUUUAUUUGGGGGUGGUUGUGCACGUCUUUAAUCCCAGCACUUGGGAGGCAGAGGCAGGCAGAUCUCUGAGUUCAAGACCAGCCUGGUCUAUAGAGUGGGUUCCAGGACAGCCAGGGCUACAAGGAAAAACUCUGUCCCAAAAAACCAUGGAUGGAUGGAUGGAGAUGGAUGGAUGGAGAGAGAGAGAGAGAGAGAGAGAGAGAGAGAGAGAGAGAGAGAGAGAGAGAGAGAAAAUUUGCAAACAGAAAUCUGUUGGAACACAACAGCCAAGGCUACAAGGAGAAACUGUCUUGAAAAACUAACCAAUCGAUUGGGGAUUUAGCUCAGUGGUAGAGCACUUGCCUAGCAAGCGCAAGGAAGGCCCUGGGUUCGGUCCCCAGCUCCAAGAAAAAGAAAAAAAAAAAAAAAGAAAAACUAACCAGUCAAUAAAUAAACAAAACUUGCAAAUUUAUUGGAACUCAAUUCCGAUGAAAGUGGCCUUGGUGAAAGAGGCAAUGAAAGAGGUGGAACCAUGCACACUGGAGUCUCCAGCUGUUCUGAACCUUCAAUUGCCAAAGCUUCUUCCUGUUUUUCAGGAAUCUGUUAAAUGUAGCACUUUCAACUUUGUAUUUAAGCAGCAAAUCGGUGUGUAUUCCGCAAGGUCAAACACAACUUCUUUACAUCUGGUCCUGGGGUCACCAAUUCCAUUCCAGGGAAGGUUCAGGGAGACCUUGUGGGCCAUUUCAGGAAAUACGGGCGAGGUUCCACAGGAGCUACUGGUGUGUGUGCUGGUUAGGUUUAUGUCAACUCGACAGAAGCUAGAGUCAUCUGAAAGGAGGGACCCUCAACUGAGAAAAUACCUCUUUAAGAUCUGGCUGUAGCCAAGCCUGUAGAGCAUUUCCUUAAAUUAGUGGUUGUGUGGAGGUCCUUCCCAUUGUGCCUGGGACCAAUCCUGGUCUGGUGGUUCUGAGUGCUGUAAGAAAGCAGGCUGAGUAAGCCACGAGGAGCAAGCCAGUAAGCAGUGCUCUAUGGCUUCUGCAUCGGCUCCUGCCUCCAGGUUCCUGUUUGGUUUGAGUUCCUGCCUUAACUUCCUUCAACAGACUGUGAUUCAGAAUAUUGUGCUUCAGGAGGCAAUAUGUCUGUCCUGUACCCAUCUCUGGAGGAUCUGAAGGUGGGCCAAGUCAUCCAGGCCCAGGCCAGAGCCUCACCCAUGAUGCCCACUGUGAUGCCCACUCUGCCAGCUUCGAUGGCCUCUGCACCCCCACUCUCAGAGCUGUAUCCAAACCUAGCAGAACUGGAAAGUUAUAUGGGACUGUCCCUCUCUAGCCAAGAAGUUCAGAAGAAUCUGUCUCAGAUUCCAGAUGGUGACAAUAUGGUGAUCACUAGCCCUGGACCUGGCCAGGUGACAGCGCCAGUAUCUGGGAACGACCUAGGUGUCCUGCGUGCAGAGAUCAAGCCUGGUGUGCGAGAGAUCCACCUGUGCAAGGAUGAGCGGGGCAAGACUGGACUGCGUCUGCAGGCUGUUGACAAGGGGCUCUUUGUGCAGCUGGUCCAGGCCAACACCCCAGCAUCCCUUGUGGGAUUGCGCUUUGGGGACCAGAUCCUGCAGAUCGAUGGCUGUGACUGUGCUGGGUGGAGCACACACAAAGCUCAGAAAGCAUUGAAGAAGGCAUCAGCAGAGAAGAUCGUCAUGGUUGUACGGGACAGGCCGUUCCAGCGGACUGUCACCAUGCACAAAGACAGCUCAGGUCAAGUUGGCUUCUUCAUCAAAAAGGGGAAGAUUGUCUCUGUGGUCAAGGGAAGCUCUGCAGCCCGCAAUGGACUUCUAACGAACCACUACGUGUGUGAGGUGAACGGACAGAACGUCAUUGGGCUAAAGGACAAAAAGAUUAUCGAGAUUCUGACCACAGCUGGAAAUGUUAUCACACUGACCAUCAUCCCCACUGUGAUUUACGAGCAUAUGAUCAAAAAGUUGUCUCCAUUGCUGCUUCACCACACCAUGGACCACUCCAUUCCAGACACCUGAAGUUCCAGGAGGGCAGUAUGGGCUUCCCACCAUCCUGCAGGGAAGACAGCAGUCCUCAGACGACAGGCUGCAGCUGGCUUGCUGCCUGGGUCUGGGUAUUGCAGGGGUGUGUCCCAGGUGGAUAUAUAUUGGAUGGGUCUAAAAUGGCCGGUCCUAGGCCUCCUGGGAUCCAGACUCCUAGCUAUGCUGAGGUACAGGCGGAUUUAGGCAUCUGGGUCUCUUUGCCCUAGGUGCUGGGCACUUAGGCAGAACAGCAGAAUGUCACUGGGUGCUGCUGUGUCCCUUUGCCUCAUGUAGGAAGUCAGCCCCUUGAUCUGACAGACGGGUGCCUUGUGUGUUGUCUUCAUUGAUCUUUGUCACGGGUUAUGUAUAGACUAAUGGUAACCCUUUCCUGUCUGUAGGCUGGUUGUAACCCUUUACUGUCUUUUAAAUAAAGAGUGGAUUUAAAACA